AAAAAAUAUACCAAAUAAGAUAUUAGUAAUACAUAAAGCUAAUGCUUGCAUUAUGUUUUCUAAUACCUCUUACCAAACGACCCCUAACUAACUUAUCAAAAACAAUCGUUAACUUUAACACCGGAACCACGUGCAACUCACGUGACAGCGAAAAAAAAAAGAGAACAGAAACACGUCGGGUUGUCGAAGAAACUCAGCCGGAAUUAAAAAAAAAAGGCAAUUCAACCGGAUGCUUACUCUGUGGGAACAAAGUGGUUCCACCACCAACUCCGCCGAAUUCAGCAAACUCUGGUCGACGACGAAACUAGUUGAGCCGCAGUCCGCCGAUUUAAGCUCCGGUAAAAAAGUCAGCACCAGUGACAUGGUGGAAGAAACUUGUGGGAGCGGUUAAGGCUUACUGGGUGUCUGCAAAACUGAUGAAGAAGGGUAAAAAGUUGUGUCAAUUUCAGUUUUGGAUUUGAAAAAUGCUUCUUACCAUGUCACCGAAGCUUGAACGGAAUCGAAAAAGUCCUUCGGCACCGACACUUCGAUGUUGCACCAAUGAAAUUAUUCUGGUUUAUAAUUAGGCAAAUGGGUAUUCUUUUUCAGGUGAUUUUUUUUAUACUUUUUCGAAGUUUCUGAGAAAUUUAAAAAAAUGAUAGAAGAUGGAAUGCUAGAUAUUUCUCUUUUCUGAUUUUGUUAUAAAUUACAGUCUACAUUGUAGUACACCAAGUGAAAGUAAAUGUUGAAGUUAAGAAUUAUAGCAAUUUUUUUAUUUUUUUUGUAAACACGAGACCAAAUUUGUGGUUCUUGGGUGACCAUCUGAUGCAUUUGUUAGUUGCACAGAAAUGAGUAAAGUGACUCAGGUUUGGGAACUAGAAGUCUAGAAUCUCAUGGAGGGUAUUUUUUUUUUUUUAAUGAUCACGUGAGUUAUACGUGGGAUCAGAUGUUAGGGUUAACAAUUAUUUUCGAAAAUCUAUUAGUUUUAGGGUUGAAGACCAAAAAUGUCCAUUUUUUCUAAAUAGUAAGGACUAUACCUGUUAAGGGGUAUAUAUGAAGGACCAAGAUAAACCAACCCCAAUACAUUAAGGACUAUUUUGAUCAUUUUCUAGAAAAAUAUUGUCUUUUGGACCAAAAAUUGAGUCAAGGAGAGAAGGAACCCUCAGUCAAAAUAUUGUCUUUUGGACCAAUAAUUGAUUUUUCCUUGUAUCCUUUAUGUUCUUGUUCUCGAAUUUCUGCUAGUUUAGUCUCACGAAUUGGUCGAUGGAAAUAAUUUUUAAUGUUGUAGCUGGUUUUGUUGUUGAGGUGGGGAAGAAGGUGUGUAAAUGCAUCUAUCCUAAGAUUGAAAAUACCGUCCGUUUCACAUCAAAUGUUGAAAGUGUAACAGAGGAAAUGGAGAAUUUAAGAAAGUUUAGAGAUGAUAUCAAAGGGAAGGUGGAAGGAGCUGAGGGAGAAGGCUAUAAACCAAAACCAGAGGUUCUCCAGUGGGUCGAAGAUGUUCAAAAGCUGGAGACUGACUGGGAAUCUAUGAAAGAAGACAUUGCAGCGGCUAAGAUGGUUGCAUAUAAAUGUUGUCCAAAUUGCAGUCUUCGCUCGGAAGUCUCCACUCAAGCACGAAUCAUGCGAGAUCAACUUUGCGACCUUAAAAAAAUGGGAGAAAAUUUUGGAUCCAGUUUGGUGGUUGAAAAUUACCAGGUGAAAAAAGUGGAGUACAUCCCAGGACCAUCAAUAGAAGGCCAGUCAGCAGCAACAAGAAAUCUCAACAAAAUCCUACAACUCUUAGAAGAUGAUAAGGUAUGCAUCAUUGGUGUAUGGGGAAUGGGAGGAGUCGGUAAAACGACUUUGGUGAAGAAUCUGAACAAUGAGCUCCUAAAGACUGCUACGUCAAGCUCUAAUCUGUCUUUUAGUGUUGUGGUAUGGGUUACAGUGCCCAAACCGCCAACAGACAUAAGAAAGGUUCAAGCACAAAUUGCCAACAGAUUAAACCUAAAGGUAGACAGUGAGGAAAGCGUAGAACGCAUUGCCAGCAGAAUUCAUCAGAGGCUCAAGGAAGAAAAGAGUUUCCUUCUUAUACUCGAUGAUGUUUGGCAAGCUAUAAAUUUGGAUCAUGUAGGUGUGCCCCAACCUGAAGAUCCCGCAAGAAGCAAGGUAAUUUUAACUUCUCGUUUUGUUGAUGUUUGUAGGCAAAUGAAAACAGACACCGAAAUGAAGGUGUUGACAUUUGAUGAAGAUGAAUCUUGGCAAAUGUUUGUCAAAAAUGCGGGAGAUAUUGCCAAUCUGGAGCAUAUUCAACCAGUUGCAAAGGAAAUUGCAAAGGAGUGCGAUGGAUUACCUUUAGCAAUCACUGUCAUCGGAGCAUCUAUGAGAGGGAAGAAGAGGGUCGAGCUUUGGAAAGAUGCUUUGGAAUCACUUAGAAUGUGUGAACCUCACAACACAAAUGUAAAAGAUAAUGUUUACAAGGUCAUUAAGUGGAGUUUUGAUUCUUUAGAAUCUCAGGAUAUUGAAUUAUCCUCAGAGCAAAGAAGCAAACAUGUGAACAAAAGGGGAGGUGACAUUCAAAGUUGUUUCUUGUAUUGCUCCUUAUAUCCAGUGGCUAUUUCACCAGAUGAUGUCAUAGAUUGUUGGUGGGCGGAGGGGUUCCUUGGAGAACGUAACACAUAUGAAGAAGCCUACAACAGGGGAAUUACAAUGAUUGAGAUUCUAAAAGAUGCCUGCUUACUAGAAGCCCAUGAGUGGGAUUCUGUAAAGAUGCAUGACGUGGUUCGCGAUGUUGCUAUAUGGAUAGAUAAUUCCCUGGGGGAUAAGCACAAUUCUCUUAUUCAAGCUGGACUUGGGUUGUCUGAGAUAUCACAUAUUAAAAUGUCAGCUUCUGUCAAGAGAAUGUCUUUUGUAAGCAACAAAAUUGAACGUUUACCUGAUUCCUUCAUGGAGUGCCCAGAGACAACAACUUUACUUUUGCAAGACAAUUGUUGUCUUGUGGAAAUUCCCGAUACGUUCUUUUUGGCAUUUCCAGCCCUAAGAGUUUUGAAUCUGAGUGGAACUGAUAUUAGAGCACUGCCUUCUUCCAUCAAUAGUUUAUAUCAAUUACGUGCUCUAAUACUAAUAGAUUGCUACUGGUUGACAGAGUUACCACCUAUUGGUAAUCUUUGCAAUUUGCAAUUGCUUGAUUGUCAUAAUACAAGGUUACAUCAUCUGCCGCCAGGAACGGACAAGUUGACAGAUCUGAGGCGUUUAACUGCAAAUCAUUUGAAAAGCAUCGACCUAGGAAUUCUUCUCAAAUUAGCUAGCAUGGAAAUGAUAAAUGUGCCGGGUACCCGUCUUGAAUCAGCUUCUUUUGAUGAGCUCUCCUCUCUACAGAAGCUGACCUCUCUUUACAUCAAAUUGGAUAGCUCAUCAGUUUCUAAUAGAGACCACACCUGGAUGUCUAGAUUGAAAAGAUUUCAAAUUGUAGUUGGGGAACCUCUAAUUCAGAGUUAUUCCUACUACGUACCAAGGAAACUAGCUAUGCCUACAGUUUUCACCAACUCACCACCAGAAAUAACCAUCUCCGAGUGUGAAAUUUUCAGUAAGGGAGAGCUCUCAGGCAUGUUGCAGUUUGCUUCAAAUUUGCGCUUGGAAAACUGCAAGGGUCUCAGGAAGUUGAUUGCAUACGACAGUUUUAAUGGAAUAAAAGAACUUACAGUACGUUACUGUUCUUGUGAUUUCAAACCAGCAGAAGAAGGAAGUGGACGGUUUGACCCUCUGCCAAAUCUGGAAAGUCUCCGCCUCAACUUGAUAUUUAAUUUAGAGAGUGUAUCUGAUAUCAGUCAUCUUGUGGGUCUAAGAUUUUCUAAAUUACGCAGACUAGAUAUUUCCGGUUGUCCAAGACUGAGAUGUCUCUUUAACGUUGGUGGAGCUUUUUCUGUACCGAAUCACCUGGAACAUAUUGGAAUUGACGAUUGUGAUGAACUGGUAGAGUUGUAUGUGCAAUGCGGCUCAAGUCAGACGACACUUGCCAACUCAGAAAUUCCAAGAGUUCGGAAGUUACUGUUGGAAGACUGUCCAAGCUUAGGAACACUGGGCGAGAAUACAUGGGAACACCUGCAGGAACUUAAGUUGAAAGAUUGUAAUCAAAUAAGGAAGCUUCCUCUGUCUAUUCAAACCUCCAAGAACAUCAAAGUAAUAGAAGGACGGUCAGAAUGGUGGAACCAAUUGGAAUGGGAUUCCGAUAACUUCAAGUCAAAUUUAGAGCAUUGUUUCCAACCAAUUUAUUACUGACAGAAGGAUCAAAGUUGAGGCUACUUCCACUGCAUUUCAGAUGAUUUACCAAUAAAACUUUUAGAUUUCUCAA